AUGUUCAGCAGCAAUAUUAAGUCCAUCAGCCAUUUUAGGCACAGGAAGAGAGUUAUUCUACAAAGAAGCAAAGUGAAGAACAACUUUAAUGGAUUGAACUUAUUUGGAGUUCAAAAGACAAAUAACAAUGUUGCAUCAUUAAGCCUCAUCACUACUAUGUGCUCAUUGAAAACCCCAUCACAAGCCAAAGGUGAAAAAAGCUUGUCACAACCCAAAGAUAAGAAGCACUUUGUGCUGCUUCAUACUGGAUGUCAUGGACCCUGGUGUUGGUAUAAAAUUGUAGAAUUGAUGAAAUCUUCAGGGCAUAAUGUUACAGCUCUUGACUUGGAUGGUUCAGGAUCCAACGCGAAACAGGCCAUUGAAACCACAAGUUUUUCUGAUUAUUUAAGUCCGCUAAUGAAGUUCAUGGCUUCACUUCCUGCUGAUGAAAAAAUAGUUCUUGUUGGUCAUAGCUGA